AUGUCUCAAACACCUUCCGCUUGGUCUCCAUCCUCCUGGAGAGAAAAGCCUAUCGCCCAGGAUGUCACCUAUGGCGACAAGGCCCAUCUCGACAGAGUACUGAGCAAGCUGCGCCGCCUGCCUCCUUUGGUGUCUCCUACAGAGAUUGACCGCCUGAGGAGCCAACUCGCCGAUGUCGCUGCUGGGAAGGCGUUCUUGUUGCAGGGUGGAGACUGCGCCGAGCUGUUUGACGAUUGUUCAUCGGGCCCCUUAGAGCACAAGCUAUCAUUAGUCCUCCUCAUGUCCCUGAUCAUCAUCCACGGCUCGCGUCUCCCCGUCGUCCGGAUCAUGCGCAUAGCGGGACAGUACGCCAAGCCCCGGAGCAAGCCGACCGAGAUGGUCGAUAUGCCCGGUCCGAACGGCGUCGAAAAGAAGGAGAUUCUCAGCUUCAGAGGGGACAAUGUCAACGGGUACGACCCGACCGACCGCCAGCCUGACCCGGAUCGCCUCUUGGGCGCCUACUUCCACUCGACCGCUACUCUCAACUAUAUCCGGACAUUGCUCUUAUCGGGCUUUGCGGAUCUGCAUAAGCCGCUCGACUGGUCUUUCUCCCAUGUCCGCUCGCCGGAGAUCCAGCAGGCGUUCGGGGCGGUCAUUGAUUCCCUCAAAGACAGUCUGGACUUUAUGCGCGUCGCGACGGGCGGAGCAGGCGGGAAUGAGAGGGGAGGGAUGGAGACUGUUGAUAUCUACACCAGUCACGAAGCGUUGUUGCUGGAGUACGAAGAGGCUCUUACUCGGCGUCAGGGACCUUCCGUGACCCGCUCAGGACAAUCGACGCCUUCCGCUUCGCCAAUCCGCUCGAGGCCUGAUCCCAACCUCCAAGCGCACGGGGACAAGUACUACAAUGUCUCUUCGCACUUUGUCUGGAUCGGUGAUCGUACAAGGCAGCUGGACGGGGCGCACGUCGAGUACUUUAGGGGGAUCGCAAACCCUAUUGGAAUCAAGGUCGGACCAACUAUGGAGCCGGCGGAGCUGGUCCGGGUGCUGGAUGUGGUCAAUCCCGAUCGUAUAGCUGGCAAGGUGACUAUCAUCGGCAGGUACGGCGCGGGCAAGGUGGAUCAGUACCUCCCCGCCCACAUUGACGCUGUCAAGGCGACAGACCACGUCGUCGUCUGGCAAUGUGAUGCUAUGCACGGAAACACCAAAUCCUCCAUCACCGACCCGAGCCUCAAGACGCGCCAUUUCGCAGACAUCAUCCAAGAAAUCGUCCGCUCGAUAGAGAUCCACCGAGAAAAGGGAACCAUUCUCGGCGGUGUCCACCUCGAGCUGACCGGUGAGGUGAAUGAGGACGGCUUCUCCGUGACAGAGUGUAUUGGCGGGUCGAUGGAGCUGGAAGAUAAGGACCUGUCUUUCAAUUAUCGGACACAUUGCGACCCUCGGCUCAAUUACGAGCAAUCACUAGAUGUUGCUUUCUUAUUGGCGGAUCAUCUCAAGUCGAGGAGGCGGGGCGAGACGCCCAAGGACAUUCUGCUGUCGGGUCUGAGGGGGCGAAAGUAG